CCCCACACCCUUUCUGCCAAACACAGGUGCUAAGGACUGAGGGUAAGGAGAGGCCACCUGGGAUUUCAGAUAUCUCUUCCUUACAAUAGAGUUGUAAGGUGGCUACAAUGGGGUCUGCGCUGCCUCUCUUCCUCCUCCUGGCCCUUCUUGGCAGCUCAUAUGGAGCAGGGCCAAGUGUGACUUUGCAAAUGAAGCUGAAGGCAUCUUUUCCGGCAAAUGUCUCCCAUAACUCCAGCUUCCCAGAGUUGCUCAAAAAGCUCUGCCUUCUUCUCCACCUCCCAUCAGAGACCAACGUCACCCUCCAUCAUGAAGGAACCCCGCACAACUUCAUCUGCAAAACCUGGAAAUAACUGAAGCCUGUGUUGGCUAAGGGAAUCAGUCCCCUGGGGUGCAAGGUCAUAUCCUGACCCUGUCUUCCAACAGAUUCUUGUCCUGCUGUGUGCCAAUAAAAUACUAUAUCCAA